CCUAGCGCUGCCCGGACAUGGCGCAGGCCCCUAGCACCAUGAAGAUCUGGACUUCGGAGCACGUCUUUGACCACCCAUGGGAAACUGUCACAACAGCUGCGAUGCAGAAAUACCCAAACCCUAUGAACCCAAGUGUGGUUGGAGUUGAUGUGUUGGACAGACACACAGAUCACUCUGGAAAGUUGCACAGCCAUAGACUUCUCAGCACAGAAUGGGGACUGCCUUCCAUUGUGAAGUCUCUUAUUGGUGCAGCAAGAAUCAAAACAUACGUGCAAGAACAUUCUGUAGUUGAUCCUGUAGAGAAGACAAUGGAACUUAAAUCUACUAAUAUUUCAUUUACAAAUAAGGUUUCCGUAGAUGAGAGACUUAUAUACAAACCACAUCCUCAGGACCCAGAAAAAACUAUUUUGACUCAAGAAGCCAUAAUCACUGUGAAAGGAGUCAGCCUUAGCAGUUACCUUGAAGGACUCAUGGCAAGUACCACAUCUUCAAAUGCUAGUAAAGGCCGAGAAGCAAUGGAAUGGGUAAUACAUAAAUUAAAUGCUGAGAUUGAAGAACUGACAGCUUCAGCAAGAGGAAGCAUAAGGACUCCGAUGGCAGCGGCAGCAUUUGUAGAAAAAUGAUAAUGAAAGUUUGUAGAUAAUGUUGGGUCCACCAGGUCUCUACAAGCUCGCAAUAUAUUUAUUUGUUAUUUAAAAAAUACAACUAUAUUUUAGGUAUAAUUUUUUUUUAAUAAGCUGAUGUAAGGCUAUAUGACUUUUCAUCAAAACAGAGAUGCAGGGCUUCUAAAUAAAAGGGAUCAUCUGAAAUUAGUGUUGUUUGAAAUGACUGUCUAAUUUUGAGGGUUCCAGUGUCUAUGUGAAAAUUUAACAGUUUUUUUAAGUACUUGGAAAUUGGUAUUGAAAUUUAAUUUCCGAAGGUAGAAUUUUAAGGCUUUAUGCACUGGAGCUCUACCUGGCUUUGGACCAACCCCAGAACAAAGCAGAGCCACCUCUUCUAUACACACGAUCACCUGCUGCUGGAAACUUCAGCAGCUGCAUGACGGAACUCACUUUACAAGGAGAAAUUAUGGACUUUUAAAAGAUAGUAUUUUGUAUAAAGUAACUUGCUCUGCUACAAACCACCAUUAAAAACCACAGUGUUUUAGUUUUGUACUUAAAUAUUUUGGGUAUGAAAAUUACCUCUAAAGUAAUACAUGGCUCCAACAAAAGUAUGAUUUUAUUGUAUUAAAGGGUACUGUAUUGAUUUGCCAAAGCUUUCUGACUUAGUAAAGGUGCUGUGUUACCU